CUCUGCUCAACCAUCUCAAGCACACCCUGCGCCCUCCGCCAUCUCCCAGAUCCCGGCCAUCUCUGCUCCGACAACCGCACCAGCGCCUCCACCGUACACCGCGAAUCCGAAGAUGGCCAUUGCCGGCAGUGGGAGGGGCAAGGCGAAGCCCGCAGCCACCGCGAAGUCCGUGUCCCGGUCGUCCAAGGCCGGCCUCCAGUUCCCCGUCGGCCGCGUCGCCAGGUACCUCAAGGUCGGCAAGUACGCGCAGCGCGUCGGCGCCGGCGCCCCCGUCUACCUCGCCGCCGUCCUUGAGUACCUCGCCGCAGAGACCCUGGAGCUCGCCGGCAACGCGGCGCGGGACAACAAGAAGAACCGCAUCGUGCCGCGCCACAUCCAGCUGGCGGUGCGCAACGACGAGGAGCUGAGCCGUCUGCUGGGCUCGGUCACCAUCGCCGCCGGCGGGGUGCUGCCCAGCAUCCACACCACGCUGCUCCCCAAGAAGGCCGGCAAGGGCAAGGGCGACAUCGGCUCCGCUUCCCAGGAGUUUUAGAUUAGAUUAGUAUGGUCCUUGUGAAUGUUUGGGUUGGUGUGUCAUCGAUGUUGGUGCUGGAUCUGGUUGGAAUGGAUUGCAGCUCGCAAUCUUGUUCUUGUUGUUACUGCCUGUGAUUUGUCAGUGCUAAUGUGCGUUCUGUCCGAAA